AUGCGUGGUACCCGCGGGUGGUUGUCGUCCUACGGGGUCACCGAAAGGAUCAACUGGUCACGACAUCUGGAAGUGGACGCAGAUCACCGGUCCCGACAGACGCCGACUACCGCCAUCCGGUGGAUGCGGCCGGUGCAGCCGGCGGGACGCGACCAUUACGGGAGCGAGGACGUGGAAGCGGCGUUUCUGCGGCGGAAACCGGUUUCGUUCGUGAUAUUCGGCAAGCCCGGUCUUGCAGACGACAAGCUGGCCGCCAUGCUGUCCACGCACUGGGGAUGCAUCCACGUGUCCGUGACCACCGGGCUGCUGGCCGCCAGCCACCGGCCGGAAGACCCGACCGGUUUGGCUUUGCGACGUGGCGAAGCUGUAAACGCCGCGGGUAACACCUCACUGCUCAUUGGCCUUUUGAGUAUCGGAGGGACUGAAGUACAGGAAAGGGGUUACGUGCUGACCGGGUUGCCCAGGUAUGUCUGA